AUGACAAGUGGAAAUCUUCGAUUAUCAUCAACAUCUCAAUUAUCAGGCGAGAAAGAAAUCGACAAAGUGGUUUCACAAUAUCCAGAUAUUUCCCUAACAUUAUCAAAGCAACAUCAUGUUGAUAGUAAAUUUCAGUCGGAACUUGAAAUUACAGAUGGUAAACAUACACAAACUGAAUCCAUGACAAGUAAUGAUGUAGCUGUAAAUACUGAUGUUGUUGUUAGUGAUGAUGAUGAUGACAUAUCUGUAGAUGAUACUAAAAAUUUGGAAGCAUUUGAUAAAGAAACACGAAAUGAUAAUAUUGAUAUAUCAGAUGUUGAUGCAUCAGCAGAUUUAUUUGGCAUGACAAAGGAAGUUUCAAAUUUAAUCAAAGAAAAUAAUGAACUUUUGGAAACAAAAAAUGCAUUAAAUGUACUUAAAGAUGAUUUAUUAGCAAAAAUUGAAGAAUUAUCUAAUGAAUUAGAAAUAGCUCGAGAAGAAGUUGAUUCAUUACAAACAGUUCGAAGUCGUUUACAAUCAAGAAUUACUGAAAUUGAUGAAGAACUUCGAAAAACACGUGAAGAACUUGAAAAGAAAAAAGAAGAAGAAGAAAAUGUACCGAAUGAAGAUAGAAAGCGUUUUACUCGAGUCGAAAUGCAACGUGUUCUACUUGAACGUAAUCAAUAUAAACAACGUUUAUUUGAACUUGAAGAAGCUAUACAUCGACAGGAUGCUUUACGUGCAUCACGACAUCAACAAUUAUGUUCAUCAUCAACAAUAAAUACAAUUAAUGAUAAUCUAUUUGAUCAAAUACAAAACAAAAAUAGACCAAUGUUCUUAAAACUUUUUUCGGGUUUAUUUGGCAGUACUGCCAAAGAUGUCUCACCUAAACGUUCAAUUACUACAACUACUACAACCAAUUUAUCAGCAUCGACUGGAACUUCUAUGAAACAUAGUUCAAUAAAUGAUGAUCAAAUUGGAUCGACAAUUACUACAAAUAAAAAUCUUCCGUUAGAACGACCAAUUAAUGAAAGUACUGCUAUUGAUCCACUACAAAAAUCCGCCUCGACACGUCAUGAUAGUUCAAUUUUAACGGAUGAUGGUAAUCGUUUUCAAGCAUAUGGUUGGAGUUUGUCAUCAAAAAAUCAUUUGAAAGCAUCUAAUAUUAAUGGUAAAGUUCAAGUUAAUGUACCUAUGCCAAUUUAUAAUCAACCAAUAUUUAAUACCAAUGAUACGACACAAAUUUGGUGUGCUGCUGGUAUUGAUCUUAGUGGAUUAUCAUUCAAUACCGAUGAAACAUCGAUUGAUUCAAUAAAUAAACAAUUAAUUGAAUCAUAUCAUCAAAUGAUUGAUGAACAAUAUUUAAAAUUAUCAUCACUUGUUUGGAUAGCUGCAAAAUCAAAUAAUACAGCUAUGAUUACAAUUAUUGAUUCAAAUAAACCAGAUAAAAUUAUUGAUACAUUUACAUUAGGAGAUACUAUUAUUUAUGCAAUCGGUAGUGUUCCAGGUACAUCAAGUACAGAUUAUCCACCAUUUGAUGAUUCGAAAUUGAAUGAGAAAAUAUCUACAAGUGAUGUAAAAGUAAUGCCUUGUACAGCUGCAUCACUUUCAACGGGUGGAAAUCGUUCGAAUACUGUUGAAAUAUCAUCUGAAAAAAUUCAUUCUGAUAUCUCUUAUCAAAGUGUCGAUGAAAACAAAACAAAAUAUCCAACUGUUUGGUUAGGUUCAAGUGAUGGAUGGUUAUAUAUUCAUUCGGCUAUUGAUGAACAUCGUACAACGAUUGGAAAAGUUUGGCUUCGUCAUGCAAUUUACAGUAUUGUUCAUGUUCGUGGUCGUAUUUUUGUAUCAUUGGCUAAUGAAAAAUUAAUUGUUUUUCAUCGUAAUAUAGAUGGUACAUGGAAUUUAAAUAAUUUUCAUUUAAUUAUAACUGGUAAAAGUCGUGAAUCAAUUCGAUGUGCUAUCAAUGUUAGAGAAUCCAUCUGGUGUGGUGUGGCUAAUCGUGUUUAUGUUAUUGAUAUUCAAACAUUAGAAAUUCGAAAACAAUUACAAGUUCAUUCUCGUCCAGAACAUUCUGUUCAACAUAUAACUUGGUCUGGUGAUGGUGUUUGGUUAUCUGUUCGUUUAUCAAGUACUUUACAAUUAUAUCAUGCAGAAACAUAUGAACAUUUACAAGAUGUUGAUAUACAACCAUAUAUUGAAAAAAUGAUUGUAACAGAGAAAACUGGACUUUAUUUUGUUCAUAUAAGUGCAUUAACAAUUGCAUGUCGUCGUUUAUGGAUUGGUACUGGUAGCGGUAUUAUCAUUUCGGUUCCAUUGACGGACAAUAUUUCAACAGCUUCUAGUUCAACAUCAACAAAACCUGGUUCUGUUGUUCGUGUCUCCGAUCAGAUAUCAUCUUCAAAUUACAUUCCUUAUUGUAAUAUGAGCAAUGCUCAAUUAUCUUGUCAUGGAUAUAGAGAUGCUGUAAAAUUUUUUGUUGUGGUACCUGGACAAACAUCAUCAAAAUUAAUUCAUGAAGAUGAGAUGAUUUCGGAAUCUUUAACAACACUAUCAUCGACCGAUACAGCAACUUCAUCAUUCGGUGAUAUUCUUAUUGUAAGUGGUGGAGAUGGUUAUAUUGAUUUUCGUGUUGGUAAUACAACAUUAGACAGCAAUAAUGACGCAACUAAUAGCAAAAGACAUGUAUCAUAUCUUAUUGUUUGGCAUUUGGGUUCUGAUUAA